AUGCUCGGCGUUCCGGCCAACAGCCGCGUCACGUCGAGCAGCUUCUACCAUCGACCCAAUGGGCUCUCCGUAUCGGAUGUGGACCUCGACAUCGAAGGUGCGGGAGGUGGAAGAAUCGACGAGUUGUACGAUGCGGGCUUGCCGUGGCCACUAGGGAGCAGUGCACGUCCGACAUCGUGGUCUGCCAAGGGACCCGCAGAGCACAUCCCGCGCUUGCCACUACUCAAGAGCUUGCAGUGUCACCUCAACUGGGCACGAGCCGGCUGGUGGGAUGGCAAUCGAUGGCAGGACUCAUUCAAGCUUAUCGCGAGCUCCAGCGAGAUCCGCAACGGCGUGCUGAAGGGUUUGCUGCUCAGCGGCACCAUCUCUGCGGUCGUGUUCUUCUUCGAACUGGCCUUUUUCCCCAAGGUGCUUUUUCAGCAAACACCCGUACAGAACGUGCAAGGCAUGACUGAGUCUGGAUCUGUCGUCGGUGGUCUCGGAAACGUCUUUUGGAUGUAUCCGCUUAUCGGCGGUAGCUACCUGCUCGCCUCUUCGUGGACCUCGGACAUCGCGCAGGCCGCGUACAAACUUCGACACGGUCACGUACGACGACUCACCCUGUCCAACCCUUCGCUACCCCCUGGAACUUCGCGACGCUUGCUGCAGGAGAGCUACCGCAUGAUCCUGAUCGUCAACUACACGGUCUUUUAUCUUCUACUCGGCCGCAUACCGUACCUAGGACGUCCGCUGUCGUUCCUUUUCAUGUGCAUGGUCGAUGGCUACUACUGCUUCGAACAAGCAUGGAUCUCGCGCGGAUGGUCGCUCGAAAGGAGGAUGCGCUACUGCGAAGAGAGGUGGUCGUACUUUGUCGCUUUCGGUCUGCCGUCCACCGCGGUUUCCUUCUUCCACCCGAGCGGGUUGCUCAACCUGAUGCUCUUCAUGCUCGUCUUUCCCUUUUGCACGGUGCUUGCCAUGCUCGCCGAUCCGCAACCUCGCAUUUCGGCAUCGGGCGCGCUGGCGGCCUCAUCCAAUGGAUUCAGUGGUGGGUCGGAUUACGCCAAAGGUCCGCUUCAUCGACUUGUCCCCUCGCGUCUGGCCGUGUUUUGGCCGACCGUGAAACUGCAUCGGAUCGUGCUGCAGCUUCUGCCUGCACUUGCCGAUGCACCUCUGGCGCCGUCAGCGCAGGCGUUCGAGCGUAAUGCAAACAUGUACGGUCGGCCCGGCGACGUCUCCGGCACGAGCGGCUUUUCCGUCAAUGGCGGAUUUGGAGGCUUCGGUACUGGAGGAAAGAGGGCGGCGGAAAUGGUGGGCGGUAUCUUCAACAAUGGCAGUCGUAGCAAUCUGAAUUCGGGCCGCAACUCGCCUUCGCCGUAUCCAGCGUACGGUGGUGUCCCUCGUUCAUCUCACGAGGCGAUGAGCGGUGGCGACAUGAAUCCACACAUGCACCUGGGAGGUGGCGCGGCAUCAGGAACGUACAGCACGGCGGGUCAGAACAUGUAUUCGAGGGCGUCAGCAGCUCCACCAAAAGCGCCCCUCGGACCGCCACCGAAGGGUCCCGCCUCAAAUCAUCGAAAAGCAGACUAG